AUGGGGUCAGAGGGAAGUGAAAGGAAAAUGGUGGUUAGUCAAGUUAGUGUUGGUGGUUUUGAAAACUAUGUUACUGCAAAAAUGCUUUUUGAUUACUUGGAAGAAGAUGUUGGACUUGUUUGGAGAUGUAGAUUGAAGACUUCUUCAACCCCUCCUGAUUCUUACCCAAACUUUGAGAUCAACACCACAAAUUUCCCGAGAACAAAUGUUUACGAAAAGGUGGAGCCUCACGCAUUUGUGCAUUUUGUCAGCCCCCUCUCAUCAAGUUUAGCUCUGGAUGCUGCAGGGCGUGGUGAGCUUAUAUUUGUAAAGAACCCUCUGAAAGUUAGUCUGGGGCCUGAGACUCCAUAUCACAUGAAUCAGAGGAGGAGGACUACAAACCCCUUCAAGUUAUCUAACGUGUGUGUCGAGAUUGGACUCUUAGUUAGCCGAGAUGAGUUCUUUGCUGGUUGGAGAGGUCCUGCUACUGGGGUUGAUUUUCUUGUGGAUCCUUUUGAUGGGAGAUGCAAAUUCCUUUUCACGAAUGAAAUUGCUUUCUCCUUCAAAGGUUCUGCCAUGCACGCAGUCAUAAAGUGCAAUUUUAAGAUUGAGUUCUUGGUGAGAGACAUUAAUGAGAUCAAACAAUAUAAAGAUACGUCAUCCUUAAUAAUUUUGUUGCAGCUGGCUUCAUCUCCUUUGGUUUACUAUAGAACGGCAGAUGAUGAUAUUAUAGAAUCAGUUCCGUUUGAUUUGUUGGACGAUGAUGAUCCAUGGAUCCGAACUACAGAUUUUACUUCUAGUGGGGCCAUUGGCAGGUGUAAUACUUAUCGAAUUUCAAUCCCACCUCGCAAUGGUCCAACGCUGAAUAAGGCCAUGGAUUAUCUUAGGGAGCGGAGGGUGCAGGUAUCAAAUGACCGCCCUAGACAGCAGCUUAGGAUACGGGAUGAACCUGAUUUUGGGAUACCCUUGUCAGAUCCUUUCUUUUGUAUUCAAUACAAAGAAGGUGUAUCCUUUAAUAUCUUGUUUUUGGUGAAUGCAGUCAUGCACAAAGGCAUAAUAAACCAGCACCAGUUGUCAGACAGUUUUUUUCAUUUACUGAGAAGCCAAAGAGACGAGGUCAAUGUAGCUGCAUUAAAGCACAUCUGUUCUUAUAAACGCCCGUUGUAUGAUACUUGUAAGAGGCUGAAACUUGUUCAGGAGUGGUUGCUGAAAAAUCCUAAACUUCUUGAGAGACCUAGAGAGUUGAAUGAUGUUGCUGAAGUUAGGAGGUUGGUUAUAACCCCAACCAAAGCCUACUGUCUUCCACCAGAAGUUGAACUUUCAAACAGGGUUCUUAGGAAGUACAGGGAAGUUGCCGAUCGAUUUUUAAGGGUUACCUUCAUGGAUGAAGGCAUGCAGAGACUUAAUAAGAAUGCAAUUGACUAUUAUCCUGCUCCUAUCCUGAGGGAGAUCACUUCAAAUUAUAACUCCCAGAAAACUACAAUGUUCAAAAGAGUGAAGAGUAUUCUAAGUGAAGGUUUUUAUUUAUGUGGUCGAAAAUACUCCUUCCUGGCAUUCUCAGCGAAUCAAUUAAGGGACCGUUCUGCCUGGUUUUUUGCUGAAGACCAAAAGAUUACUGUGCUUGGCAUAAAAAAUUGGAUGGGGAAGUUUACAAACAGAAAUAUUGCGAAGUGUGCUGCUAGGAUGGGGCAGUGCUUCUCAUCUACUUAUGCCACAGUCGAAGUUCCAUCAAGCAAGGUUGACUGGAAGCUUCCAGAUAUCGAGAGAAAUGGUUAUGUUUUCUCUGAUGGGAUUGGUAUGAUGUCGGCUGAUCUUGCGGUGGAAGUUGCAGAGAAAUUGCAGUUAAAAGUGAAUGCACCCUGUGCUUACCAGAUCAGAUAUGCAGGUUGCAAAGGUGUCGUUGCCUGUUGGCCAGAAAUAAGUGAUGGGAUCCGGCUUGCCUUAAGACGAAGCAUGAGAAAGUUUGAAUCCAAUCACACGAUCCUUGAGAUAUGCUCUUGGACUCGUUUCCAGCCAGGAUUUUUGAACAGACAGAUAGUGACGUUACUCUCUGCUUUGGGUGUUCAGGAUGAAAUAUUUUGGAGAAUGCAGAACUCCAUGGUCUCUAAACUCAACGAAAUGCUUGUAGAUGCAGAUUUGGCUUUUGAUAUUCUAAUUGCUUCAUGUGCUGAGCAAGGAAAUACAGCAGCAAUAAUGUUGAGUGCUGGUUUCAGACCUCAAAGCGAACCUCAUUUACAGGGCAUGCUAACUAGUAUAAGAGCUGCACAGCUUGGAGACCUCAGGGAAAAGGCUAGGAUCUUUGUUCCUUCAGGGAGGUGGUUGCUGGGCUGCUUAGAUGAGCUGGGGGUUCUUGAACAAGGGCAGUGCUUUAUCCAAGUGUCAAACCCUUCACCAGAAAAUUGCUUUGCGAAGCAUGGCUCCAGGUUUUCUGAAACAAAGAAAAGUUUGCAAGUAAUUAAGGGUUUUGUGGUAAUAGCAAAGAACCCAUGUCUUCACCCGGGAGAUGUGCGAAUUUUGGAAGCAGUAGAUGCUCCCGGGUUGCAACAUCUUUUUGAUUGUCUGGUAUUCCCUCAAAAGGGAGAUAGACCACAUACAAAUGAAGCAUCGGGAAGUGACCUUGAUGGGGAUCUCUACUUUGUCACAUGGGAUGAAAACCUUAUUCCACCUAGUAAGAGAAGCUUGCGGCCGAUGGAGUAUGCGUCUGCAGAAGCGAAGGAAUUGCCUCGUCCAGUCAAACACUCGGAUAUAAUAGAUUUUUUCACCAAAAACAUUGUCAAUGAGAACCUGGGUACAAUCUGCAAUGCCCAUGUGGUUCAUGCUGACCUCAGUGAAGAUGGAGCGUUGGACAAGAAAUGUAUUACAUUGGCAGAGCUUGCUGCCACAGCCGUGGAUUUCCCAAAAACAGGGAAGAUUGUCUCCUUGCCAUUUGAACUCAAACCGAAAGUGUAUCCUGACUUUAUGGGAAAAGAGGACUUUCAGUCAUACAAGUCGGAAAAAAUUUUGGGCAAGCUAUUCCGCCAAGUCAUAGAUGCUAAUGACAAAGAUGUGGUAGCUUCUGAGCUAAAAUUUGUUCCUCAAGACAUUCUUUAUGAUGCAGACCUUCAUAUCCCCGGAUCCACAAAUUUCAUUACUGAUGCGUGGAGCCAUAAGUGCUCUUAUGAUGGGCGGCUAAAUGGACUUCUGGGACUGUAUAAAGUGCGCAGAGAGGAAGAGAUUGUGACUGGGCACAUUUGGUCCCUGCCAAAGUAUAGUAGCAACAAGCAAGGGCAGCUGAAAGAGAGACUCAAACAUGCUUACAGUGCCCUCAGGAAAGAGUUCAGGAAAGUUUUUGAGAAAAUGGACUCAGAUUUCGAACAACUUUCUGAUGACGAGAAGAAUGCCAUUUAUGAACAAAAGGCAUCAGCAUGGUAUCAAGUCACUUAUCAUUCUUGUUGGGUGAAGAAGUCAAUGGAGUUGCAAGAGCCAGAUGGGGAUGUGGAGACAGUAAUGUUGAGCUUUGCUUGGAUAGCAGUUGAUUACCUUGCUCGGAUCAAAAUUAGGUGUGGCGGAGAUGGAAAUGCUGACCUCACUAAGCCAAUCAAUGCUUUUGCGAGGUACCUUACUGAUCGGAUAUGAUGGAUAAUCAAAGUUGUUUGAAGCUUUCUUCUACCGUUGCUUCAAACUUUUCUGGAUGCAACGUUUCUGGUUGCUUUUGAACUUGGCUUCAAGGCCACUCUGCCAUACUUCAGGUUUGACUGUCAUGUUCUAUUAAUACCAUUGAUUUUGUAUGCUGAACUGUUUUGCCUAUUCAUGCUAUAAACUACGUUUCUGUAUUGUUGUAAACAAAACAUUGAAAAUGCUGUACUUUUGCUUUAAUUUUUUUUCUUAAAUAUCUUUAGCAUUAACUUGCAAAUUUAUUUUCA